AUGAGGACUACAGUACGGGCUACGAUAGCCCUCGCGCUAGUCGCGACGGUGUUAUUGGUGAAAAUUCAUCUCGAUUCUCUGUCGCAAUGGCAGGAUUCUGGUGAUCGCAGGACUUCUAUUCGCGACACCUACGUAUUAGAUGGCGACGCAUAUAUCGAGCUGGUCUCGGCGGAACCGACCUCGACAACUUCCAACCCAACGCGGAGGAAAUGGAUUCCCACGGCUCGACCGACUCCCCGUUUGAUGGCCGCCAGUGCGAAACCCAAGCGCGUCCCCGUCGAUGUCCCCGGCGCCGAAUGGUCAUGGGGAGGUCCUUGGUACGAACCCAGCAAAUUAAGCAAAUUAAGCAAUUCGCAAAAGCUGCAUGCGCAGCAGCUCGGGCCGAUACAACAGCUACAGCAGAGUAAUGGGCGAAAGGCAGCGCCUUCAUCAAGUGCGCCGCCCCGUCCGAAAGUGACUCCGAAAUCGGAUCGCAUAAUUGUUUUGGGUAGAAUGUCCUACGAAGAUACAAAUUGGCUGGAAGACGAGUUGCCAGAAUGGCAGCAUGCAGUAUACACAGUUGACGAUCCGGGGGCACCUCUCACUGUUGAUCAGAACAAGGGCAAAGAAAGCAACACCUACCUCAAAUACAUUUUGGAUAAUUACGACAAGUUGCCCGAGUACAUGGUCUUCCUACACGCCCACCAAUGGAGCUCCCACGUCGAAUUCUGGGAGCAGGACAAUGUCCUCACCGUCCAGAGACUGCAGCUCGAUUAUCUCCGCAAGUCGGGCUACGUCAAUCUACGCUGCGACUGGAGCCCCGGUUGUCCCGAUGAAGUCCAGCCAUUUAGACAAAUGGCAGGUCGCACGACCGAACUCGCCUUUGCAGGUGCUUGGAUGCGCAUUUUCAACAACACAGAUGUCCCCGAGAUGGUCGCGACACCUUGCUGUGCUCAAUUUGCCGUGACAAGGGAGCAGGUCCUUAAGCGUCCGCGCAGUGACUAUGAGUCUUACCAUCAUUGGCUCAUGACCACGGAAUUGGACGAUGAGACGAGUGGUCGGGUCUUUGAAUACCUGUGGCAUAUCAUUUUCGGGCAGGAUCCCGUGUUUUGCCCGGCAAAGGCGCAGUGCUACCGCAAUGUAUAUGAUAUGGACUAUGAGGAGCCGCCAGAAGACCCGUGGGGUGACGAUUUCUGGGGCGAUUGGAUCGAUGAUGUCCCUGACGAGAUAUGA